ACUAAAUCACAGCGGAAGGCCCAACGAAUCGUUCCAGAUGACUGGGAUAACGACGAAGAUGAGGAAGAAGAUAACGCCAAAGUUUGGGAAGACGCAAACAACAAAGCACCCAUGCCAGAACUAAUCAUAUCUCCCUCAAGCACCGGGACAUGCGUCGUCCCCCCUCCCCCAGCUGCCUUCCAACCGACGAUGCGCAUCCUGAAACGGCCCUCUCCCUCGCAAUCAGCCUCGAAUUUCACUACCUCGCUCUCUUCGCAGACGCGCAACACUCUUGCUGAGCGUGAGGCUCAGUAUCAAGAAGCUCGUAAUCGAAUAUUCGGAACAACGGGCGAGCGUGGCAGUGAUGAUUUGGAAAGCCGACGCGGGGUGCCGGUGAGGAACGGUAGUGGUAAGGGAGCAGAUGCUGGAUCUACGGCGUCUGCGGUGCUGCGUGCUCCUACAGGUCCGUCAGAUACAGAAAAAGGGGUGGGUCGGACCAAUGAUUUCCCUCCAAAGGGAUUUCGUGACAGGAGGAAUGGGAAGAACCAGAACAUCACAUCUUCGAGUAUGUUACCACGGACUUCGAGUUGA